AUGGGCAUCGCUCGCUUCUACCUAACCACAAUGGGCGAAGAUCAAAAUCCUACCACUGCUACGGAAACACCAACUGCUACAGCCAGCACUCCACUCGAUCCAGAUCCCGAUACCAUAAAAAUGUUUGUUGGACAGGUAAGAUCAAGUUUUGACUACAUUCUGUUUUAGAA